AUGGGGCAGGGACGCAGUGCCAAAAGUGUUAGCAACUCUGCGGCAUUCCUGUUGAUUUUGCUGGCGCAAAACUGUGGCCGGGCACGCAGCCACGGGCGUGAUGGAUUAGCAAAGUUGGAGUUUAGCGGCCGGGCCCGCCCUGUUUAUAAUUUUGCGAAAAUAUACGAAACUUUGGGUGCGGCGCAAGGGCGUGGCAGGGACACCGAGUUCCAUGUUUUCGACCAACUGCAGCAGGACUUUGAGCUUCAGUGGCGGCGUACCACCACGGCCAGGCCAUUCAGCAUCCUGCAGCAGCUGGAUUUGGAGCAGAAGCAGGAGGCCCAUAGGUUGGGUUCUCGGCCAAACACCAGUUUCGAUAUCCUGGAAACCUUGUACCAGGAUCAGAGGAUUUAUGAAGCGAAAGCCACGACCCAUAAGCCGUUUCGUGUGCUGCAAAAGCUGGAGGACGAUUUAAUCAAGGCGAACAGGCGCACAACCACCGUGAAGCCCUUUCAAUUGGCGAGUGCCCUUGUUGAGGACUUCAUUAGAAAGGACCAGAAGGCAGGAUAUCUGAGUGAGAAGCCCAACCAUGGAGAACUGGAGCCAAUAGCUGAGCACAAGGCUGAGCUAAAGCCCGAGGGCCGAGCUAAGCAAAGCCAGAAGAGGAGGCGCAAACGCAUUCGUCGCCGACGCAAAAGGAUUCGUCGCCGAAGGAAAAGGACACGUCGACGUCGUCGCAAGAAGAGGAAGAAGCGCCGGAAGAAGCGCAAGAAGAAGAAGCAAAAGGGCGGAAAGAAAAAGAAGAAGAAAGGCAAGCGAAAGCGGAAGAAGCAACCGAAGCCGGAGCACGAUGACCACGAGGAUCAUUCCAUCUUCAAGCCGGCCCACUUGAUCUUCGCGAAUCCCACCAAGCAGCCUUACUACCACCACCAUUAUCCUUCGGGGAAUCCCUAUUCUCCGACCAACCAGUUGCAAGUCCAGACCAUUCCACCCGCUCUUCUGGCGGCGUUGACCACCAAAAAGCCAAAGGGGAAACCAGAGGCCACCACCACCCACAAACCGUUUAGUAAGAUUAAGUAUUUGCUGCGGCACAACAGCAUCUUUAAGAAGAAGAAAAAGGAGUACCUGAGCCAUGUGGGUCAGGUGCUUUAUCCGUUCGUCAAGUUUGUGGCAUUCUUUACGGUCCUUAAUCCCUUCACGCUGGGCGUCUUCCUCUUCACCCUUGUCUCUCCGGCCGUCUUUGGGUUCCUGGGAUUCGUGGCGCUCAGUGUGCUUGUCAAGCCUUUCCUGCACAUUGUCUUCGGGGUCAAGAGGAAUGUGGACGCCUUCGACCGAAAGCGGUGGCUAGCCAACAAGCAGGCCGAGAAGCUGAAGCUGGGACUGCGCCCGGUGACCAUCCACAAGCACUAUUACCAGCAGAAGCCGGUGCACUCGGCUCCACCGGUGAAGCUCCGACCGGUAGGCGGCCACUGGCGACGGGAGGAUGCCUUAGAAUCCCCUAUGCCGCCUCCUCCAGUCUCUGGGAUGCGACCACCAAAGCCACCGGGGACUCCUUCGCUGCAAAAGUUCCAAAUGAAACGUCACAAUCCCCUGCUGCCGGAUCAACGCAAAGCGCUCGAUCUGCACCACGACUACGGAUGA